CUUAUAAAACUGCGGCAAAACAGUGUCUUGAAUCAGAGCAGAAAGCGGCCUCUCAUAACCCUAACCUUCGUUUGGCCUUCGCCGGAGGAGCGCCCUGUGAGCCAUGGAUAGAUACCAGAAGGUCGAGAGGCCGCGGCCGGAAUCGGUCAUCAACGAGAACGAGAUCCGAAUCACUAGUCAGGGCGUCGUACGGAACUACGUCAGCUAUGCGACGAGCCUUCUCCAGGAAAAACGUGGUAGAGAGAUCGUCUUAAAGGCAAUGGGACAGGCAAUCAGCAAAGCAGUGGCAAUUGCUGAGAUUAUAAAGAAAAGGUUUUCUGGUUUAUAUCAAGAUACUACAAUCAGUUCGGUCAGUAUCACUGAUGUAUGGGAACCUAUUGAAGAGGGCCUCGUACCUUUGGAGAUGACACGGCAUGUUUCAAUGAUUUCAAUAUCUUUGUCAACCAGAGAGCUAAACAAGAAUUCCCCUGGAUAUCAAGCUCCCUUGCAAGUAGAGCAGCCAAAACGCCAGCAAAGAUAUCAACAGUUCCAGCAGUCUCAACAGCAGCAGCAGUUUCGACCGAAGCAAACGCAAGGUCAACAUAAUGAAGAUUCAUAUGCACAAGGACAUGGUAGAGGUAGAGGAGGAAGAGGAAGGGGUUGGGGAAGAGGCUACAGUGGGUUUGCUGGAUAUGAGAAUAAUCAGGGAGGCUAUGGCAAGUAUCAGGGGGGAUAUGGCUAUAACCAAGGUGGAUAUGGCUAUAAUCAAGCCAGAUAUGGUGGAUAUGGCCAUGAUCAAGAAAAUGGUGGAUGGAACUCUAACUGGGGUCGAGGUGGUGGACGUAGUAGAGGCAAUUGGAAUUAUCAUGGUGGUGGAUAUGGAGGGGGAAGAGGAGGUGGUAGCGGAAGGUCUGGUGGCAGAGGUUACGGUCGUGGACGAGGAAGGAUGGGUGGCCGUGGCAGAGGGAACCAAUUCUAGUGCUGGCCGUGGCGUACUUCCAUGCUUGGGUAUUUAAUCGAAAAACUUAAUUGGGGCAUCAACUAUGACUUGUGGUUAUGCAAGAUGAAGCUCUGAUGGUAACGUAAGUGUUCGUCUUUCAUCGGCUAUAUGUUCCUGUUGGCUUCCCAGGUUGGAUUUUGGUUUUCCCAUAAUUCUGGAGUUACUUGAGAAUGCUGUAAUCUGCUCCAUUUCUCUUUGUUCAUACACUUUGAUCAAUUCAUGCCAAUGCAUAUAAUUCUGCUUAAA